CACAGGGGCCAAUCUGCAAUUUCGGCAAAAUUAAAAAUCAUUUUAAUUGGUCAUUGACAUAGAUAUCAAGCCCAACCUGAGUAUAUUUUUGUUGGAAUUGAGCAUAAUUUUUUAGCCAUGUUUCUGUAAAACCCUCUCUCCGGCUUCUUUAUUCCAUAAAGAGAAAGCGGCAUUUACAGAGAGAGAGAAAGAGGGGCACAAAAGGCGGAGGCAACAUACAGUCUUCCCAUCACUGAACCCAAACAGAGAUAGAUACAUCGAAGUCUUCAUUCAUAUACAUAGAGAGAAAGAGAUAUAAACGAAACCCUAGGCACACAAAUCUGUAUUGGUUGUCUCCAGAUAGUCCAGUUGCCGUUGAACUGGUUCAGGCCAAUAAAGUAGUUUGAGUGCUUCGUCUAGUAGGACUUGAGAACUUUGACGUCAUCAAACGAGUUGAGCAUUGGAUUUUUUCCUAAGAGGACACAAUGGAGCUAAAAGUUUCAUCUCCAUUGCUUUCUGAUUGUGCCAGUGAUCCUGUGGAGAAAGAAAUCAGUGAUGAUGAUGAUGAUGAUCGUAACCAUAAGCAUCGCAAGCGGGAGGCACAGUCUCAAUCUUUGGAGAGAGAUGCUCUGGAACAAGUUCUAGCAAGGCCAUACAGAAAGCGGAACAAGCCCUUUGAAAAUGGGCGCUUUUACAGGGAAGACAAUUCUCAGUCAAGUGAAACCUGGAAAAAUUAUAAUAAUGCUCCUCUGGAAAAAGAUCUCUCUGCAAAAUUCGAGAAGAGACGCCCAGGCUUAGCACCAUUUUCCAGAGCGACAUUAGAUGUAAACCAAAGAUUCAGGGUGAACCAUUUUUUGUCUGGUAAUCCUGGUCCUGGCAGGGGUCGAGGAAGAGAAUCUGGUUCCUGGAGCCAACGUGAUUCUAGGUUUAGCUCAAUUGAUAUUGCGUCUCAAAUGGUUCAACAGGGAGCUGUUCCGCCAAAUUUUCUUGCUGGGAGAGGGGUCCCGGUUGCUUCAAACACACAGAGUGCAUCCUGGGGCUCAUUUGGAUUGGUUCCAGGCAUACCAAAUGGUGGUCUGGAUUCACUGCAUCCCCUUGCUUUGCAUGGAACACUCGGGCCAUCCAUCAAUCCUUCAUUAAGUACAUGCAUUCCACGCCAGCGAUGUAGAGACUUUGAGGAGCGUGGAUUUUGCUUAAGAGGAGACAUGUGCCCAAUGGAGCAUGGGGUUAAUCGUAUUGUUAUUGAAGAUGUACAGAGCCUUUCACAGUUUAAUCUCCCUGUUUCACUACCAAGUGCACACAUGAUGGCAACGCCUGCUGGACUAGGACCUUUACCCGCAAUUAGUGCUCCUUCAAGCACAAUGAUGAAUAGCAAAGGGUUACAUGGCAAAAGUAGCAAGCCCGAAAGGGCAGAUGAUGGAUUGGACUUGAAUGGUGAUUUUGGUGGUUCUGCUGUUGCAGGUGAAGCUGAUUUCUAUGAUCCUGAUCAGCCUCUGUGGACUAAUAAUCGUCCUGAUACAUCAACUGCACCCUUAGUAGCCCAUAUGUCUAAUGUAGAUGUAACUGAGUCUUUGUUGGAUACCGAACCUUUUGCUCAUCGUCGUUUUGGGUUGUGUGAUGGCUCUGACAAUGAACAUCUGGUCAGAAAUGCUGGGACUGCUCUAGAAUCUCAAAGUACAAGUUUGUCUGUGUGGGGAAGAAUUCGUGGUGCAAAGAAUAGAUCAGAAACAAAAGAGAAAAUGGAUUCUACAGUAAGUUCCUCAAAUUAUAUAGAAAGUGAAGCAAAAGAAGAUGAUGAGCCACUGCAUAAUGUUCUGGGUGCGACCCGCCAAGCAAAGUGGAUCAAUGAGGAUGGCAUUGGCCCGCAAGUUACGGAUUCUUCUCUGAAGACACAAAGUGAUACCGGACGUAAUGUCCGGAAAUCAUCUCAAAAGGCACUACGCACACUAUUUGUGAAUGGCAUUCCCCAGAAAAACAACAAAAGGGAGUCCCUUUAUUCGCAUUUCUGCAAAUUUGGUGAGGUUAUCGAUAUAUAUAUUCCAUCGAAUAGUGAACGAGCUUUUGUUCAGUUUUCCAAGAGAGAAGAAGCAGAGGCUGCUCUAAAAGCACCUGAUGCUGUGAUGGGCAACCGCUUUAUCAAGUUAUGGUGGGCUAAUCGGGACAGCAUUCCUGACAAUGGAAUGAGUAGCAGCAAUGGUUUACCAAUAAACCAUGGAGUGACAGCUGCUUCAGUUCCAUCCCAGUUACCUGUUGGUAACAGAGGAGAAGACAAUCUUCAACCUACUCCUUCCCAGGGUAGGGUUGCUCAAGGUGCUGUUGCUCCUGUGCCUGCCUCCGGUCAUCUCAAGCCAUCUAAUGGUCCCCAAGCCCCACCUUCACAAAAGAAGCUGGAGACUUUAGAACUUUUGAAGGAGGAAAUCCGCAAGAAGCAAGAGAUGCUUGAUCAGAAACGGAAUGACUUCAGGCAAAAAUUGAACAAACUUGAGAAACAAGCUACAGGUCUGAAAGGUGAAGCAGCAUCUGAGCAGGCUGCUAAGAAACAGGAAGCGGGUGUGGUGGCCGAUGUUGCCAAAUCUACAACUCCGAGGUCCACUGAUCCUGUUACUGUGGUAUUAUCACCGCAAGUUGAAGUGACCUCUGAUAAUAGCAAAUCUGCUGAGAGUAUUGUGCCUCAUGGUUCCAAAUCUAGUUCAAUUGUCGCUCUGCAGGAACCUGCAAGCUUGAAACAUUCAAUUCGUCCGUUGACUCCUGUAGGGGCAUCUUUUAUCAUCAAUAGAUUCAAAUUGGACAACCGUCCCACCGCAUUUGAAAUUGUUCCACCAUUGCCAACCGGUCUUGCAAAGGUUGAUAUUUUGAAGGAACAUUUCUCUUCAUAUGGCGAACUUUCUGCAGUGGAGCUAGAAGAUAUAGAGUCCCAGGAAGCCAAUAAUGACUCAGAGACAUCAAAAUUCUCAGCUCGCAUAUUUUUCACUACACGGAGUGCAGCUGAGAGGGCCUUUUUGAAGGGGAAAUGCUGGGAAGGACACAAUUUGCAGUUGAUGUGGCUCACAUCGUGUAAUCCUCGUAUUUCUAGCAAGGAUAUUGGUGACAGAGAAAGUCCAUCAUCUUCUCCUAGAAGGCCUUUGGAUGGUAAUAUUCAGCCUGCAGAAGAAGCAUCUGGUGAUUCCCAGAAAGAAGCUGACUUGGGAAAUGGAGAAUCAGAGUAUGAGGAAAGAAUAGGAAGUGAUGCUGAGCGCGGGGAGACAGAUGGAAAUUUUCAGUCCAGUUCAACCACAACGUCGUGUGAGAAACAGUCAUCUUGAUGCAACAUUUCUUGUACAGUGAGGUAAUAAAAGGCAUAUAUGCCUGAUGGUUUUCUCCAUUUUCUUGUAUUCUGAGUUGAAAAGAGUUGACGCAGACUCUGUUCUUUCAAGGGGUUGGUUCUCCCCUUUUUAGCAUGGCUACUAUCAGUACUUGAGGUAUUUAGUCUGUAAUCCUGAUUGAGGUUAUCUCCUUCUAGGGUUUGAGUGGUUAGAUACUUUCUUACUUUGGGUUCAAAUGAAAGGAACUUGGUUGGAGAAUUGACCUUAUUUAGUAGGAAAAUCGGAUACGCUAUGAUAUUAUGCGAGUCAUAUGACUGUAAAUGGGUGUAUCGUGUU